UUCAAGAUGGCGGAAGCGCUCGCGAAUGGAAAUGUCAGCGAAUUUUUCUGCUAGUUUCGGACCAGAUUGCUGUCAAAUGCUGUGAUAUUUAAAGCUAAAUUGUGCACAUUUUGCUGCCAAAAAGUUGAAUGACAAUCAAGCUGGGGCUCUUAAACGAUGUUCAGGUGCGUUUUUUAUGCCCGAACGAUGUGGAGGAAGUCAAACGUUUGUGCCGCGAAUGGUUUCCUAUUGAGUAUCCAGAUGUUUGGUACAAGGAGAUAACAUCAAGUUCCCGCUUCUUUUCGCUGGCAGCCACCUUGAACCACAACAUCAUUGGUUUGCUUGUAGCAGAAGUGAAGACAAAGUCUUUAUGCAACAAAGAGGAUGCUGGUAUUCUCUCAUUCACUUUCAGUGAUGACACCCAAGUAGCUUAUAUUCUUAGCAUUGGUGUGGUCAAAGUUUUUAGAAGACAUGGAAUAGGGUCUCUUCUAUUAGACAGCUUACUCUCACACCUUACCACACCCGAGAGACAAAACUGCAAAGCUGUCUAUCUUCAUGUUUUAACCACAAACUCAGUUGCAAUGAAAUUUUAUGACAAGAGACAUUUCAGGCAGUUUCGCUACCUACCUUUGUAUUACGCUAUUGAUGGGAUGCACAAGGAUGGCUUCUCUUACGUGCUUUAUAUCAAUGGAGGCGAGCCUCCCUGGACACUUGCUGAUGCCCUGAAAUUUAUUGGAGGUAAACUGUCCCAGCUGCGUCUCUGCAAGUUGCCGUUAUAUGUGAUGAAUUGUUGCUAUCAUUGGCUGUUGUGGGUUGCACCUAUACAGUCCAUACGGGACUCAUGUGUUCGCGUCAUGUGAUAUCAUGGUGUGGUUACCUUCUGGGAGCAAGAAUGAGUGAGAUAAUCAACAGUCUGAGCAAUUUUAAUUAUUAGUAAGGAUUCACUUUUAAUAGGAAACUUGAAGUACAGUGUAAACUCAGAUGUCAUUGAAGUUGUGACAAAAACAAAUGAAUCUCAUGGAACUGACAUCUUUCUUGUAAAAUGACAUCUUUCUUGUUAUAUCGAAAUUAGUAUUUGACACAAUUAACCAAAACAUUGUUAUCAUCAAGAAUAUUAGAGUCAACUCAUAGCCUGGAAUGUGAGGUCCAUUUUUCCAGGGGUUAUUGUGAAGAUUGUAAAUAUACAGUCAAAAUUUUAUCCCGUCCAAUUUUUGAUUGUCAAGAUUUAUGAGAGCAAGAAGAAUUUUGGUAUUCCAAUACUUAUUUUAUCCCACUGAAUUAAUUCACAAAAAAUGUUACAUCUGAGAUGAAGGGGUGAUGAAUGGUGGAAUCCAAGACUUGCUGAGAGGCUGAGAAGCCUGAGAUCCUUAUUUGAAAAUAUGACCGAGACUUUAAAGCAAAUUGAGACUAGAAAGAAAAAAAGAAAGAAUCACGCGAAAAGGGGAGUUUGUGACUAUUACAAAGGAUUUGGAUAUUUCAAGCUCAGUUGAAACGUUUCCAAGACAGAUGAAUUUCAAGGAACCAUAUAUUAGCCUUAGAAUAUGAGAAAGUGGCCUUUGCAUCUUUCAGAAAAUAUUUCUGAAUCAGUCUUUUGCUUUUUGUAAGCACUGCUUACUAAGUUAAAGUAAAUAGGAAUUGUUUUUAUGUGCUAAGGUUUGCAAUGAAAUUCUUUUUUUAAAGUUAUUACAUUUUAUUUUUUCAAAACAAUAUGCACCUUUUGUUCAUUAUGAGUGACAGUCAACUCCACACCAUAUUGAGCUGAAAUUUUUUUCAACUAGUGCAUCGUAAACAGAGGUGAUUGGUUAUGAAGUCUGCCAAACUUCACAGGAGCGAGAUACCAAGAUUCAUGUUGCAAUGUCCACAACCUUGCACAAUCCUUGUUUUACACUCAUAGACUAUGCAUGAAUUAUGACUAACCAAAACCUUUCUACUGCUAAGUUCCUCCGUCAGAAGGGAGCAACUACAUUGUUUUCUGUUGUGUUUUGUGUAUGAUCAAAACUGGAACAAAAACAGAUUCAACAAAGAUACUUUGUCUGGGU